CCGGUUCGGGGCUGCUGCUGUGGCAGGGUGGUGAGUGUAAUCGAGAUCUGGCGCCUUUUCUGGGACCAUGGCAGCCCAGGAAGCCACUCCAGACGGCCAGUCGGAGGAGAGCAGUGCUUUGGACCUGCCAUCAGUUUAUGACAUAAGGGAUUACGUGUUGCAGAGACCCAGCCAGGAGGCCAACAGUGAGGCUCUUGGUUCUGCGGAAGCCCUUUCUAUGCCGUGCUCUUCUGAUGUGGAUCCAGAUACCUGUAACCUAAAUACUGAACAAAAUGAUUGCUGGACCUCUGAGAACUCCUGUCUUGACCCUUCUGUGAAGGGCCAGCCAGAGACCAAGCUGCAGGAUGAUGGACUUCGGCAGUCUCUGGAUACAUUCUAUGAAGCGUUUGGCCAUCCACAGGCGGCCUCUGGAAAUCCACUCUCCGCGUCUGUCUGCCGGUGCCUGUCUCAGAAAAUCAGCGAACUGAAGGGCCAGGAGAACCAGAAGUACACCCUCCGCAGUUUGCAGAUGGCCCGGGUCAUCUUCAGCCGGGACGGCUGCUCAGCCUUGCAGAGGCGUUCCAGGGCCGCCCACUUCUACCCAUCAGGAGAAGGAAGUGAGUCUCUGGAGGAUGAAAAGCUGACCCCAGGACUUUCAAAAGAUGUUAUUCAUUUCCUCUUGCAGCAGAAUAUUAUGAAAGACCCAUGACUGGUGCCUGGUGGUGGGAGCAGGCACGUGGAAGGUAGCCUCGGGGCUGAUACCGCUGGUGCACCACCCAGAACCCCUCAGGUCUCCCGCCAGCCCCGUGUACCCGGCUCCCAGCUAAGUGCUUUGCUUGCGAAGGCUGCCAUCUGUCAUCUGGUCCUGGAGCCACUUCAGCCCAUAUGGAGAGCCAGCAGUGUCUGGGGACUUUAUUGCCUCUGUGGCCACCCGACCUCCCACCCAAACCUACCACUCCCUUUGACCUAAGGCCAGUGACCAGCUGGUGUAGGAGUCCAAAAACCCAGCUUCAUUGCCUCCGGGAAGGACAUGCUUUGAGGUAUAAUUCAGUUCCAGAGCUCCCCUCCUGGUCAGCCCAAGGCUGGGGCUUCUCGUGAAGUCUUGAUCUUGCCUGGCUCCUUCUCUUCCCCUGCCCUCCUUCUCCCAUUCACUUACUGGUGUCCCCUGGGAGCUUUUCCUUAAUAAAUGUCUUGUACCUGAAUCCUUGACUCAGAGUUUACUUCUGGAAGAACCCAACCUAAGAGGACAGAAUUUCAUUCAAUGACUUUUUGGAAAGAUACAAAGCCCUGUGCUGAAUCAAGUAUAAGAAUUUUAUCAAGUUGUAAAACUGUGACCAUGUGAUUGAGAACGUAUGUCCCGAAAUAAUACAAAGAUUUAAAUACGGUUCCCCGAAGUGCAUCACAUCUUAAUCCUACCCUCACCUCUCCAAAGUCAGAAAUUCCUGUUUUAUAGCACUAUCCGGGUGUGCAAGGAACAUUUGAACCAUCUAAAAUAACAGCUGAGAUUCUCAAAUUAAAAAAAAAAAAAAAUCUUUUCUUCUCCACCAGAUUGCAAAUGUGAAAGAUGAGAAAAAAACCAAUGUGUGCCACCCACCAGAGAUCGCGUCGGCUCAGUUACAUUAUGGUAGGCUGGUGGAUGCGACCUUGUCAAUUUGUGGUGGAAGAGAAAAAGGAAUCCUUUGUGCAAGUGGACUUCUUCCUCUCAUUAAUUUUACCUUCUGUCUGCCUGCUGCCAGCGCCCUCUGUCACCCUCCGAACAGUUGGCCUCUCACCCCUGUCCUGUCCUUGCUUCGCCAGGGAGCAGCUUUAAAUAGCCCGGGCUGGCAGGUGCUCUGUUCCUCAGCAGCGUCCUGACCCCCGUUACAGGAUUCGGUUGGUAGGAUGACAUCACCUGGCACUAAGCUCUCUGAUAUUGUGGUUGGCAGUCUCCCGCUCAUCUCUCCCUUGACGGUCCUUCAAACAAAUUACUCUGCCAGAAAGGUUAUAUCACUUGAUCUGGGGAACAACAAGAGAAGUUGGCAAUACCAAGAUUUGGAGAAAUUUUAAGUGAAAUUUAAUUGGCAUAAGACUCCAGAAGAUUCCAGAAAGCAGAUGAUACAAAUAGAUCUUCUUACAAGUGUAUGCUAAGAGUGAGCGUGCCCUCUCUGGCCAGGUCUCUUGGGAACUCUGGAAUGGAGAGAGAAGCCUUUUAAUAGUCAGGAAUUACAUACUGAGGUUUCCGGUUCUGGGAUGAUCAGAGGUAAGAAACAGGAUCCACAAUGAAGUGCAGAGGCACCUCUGGAAGGAGACUUAAAUGGUAGGGAAUGCAAAAUGAAUAGGUCUUGAGAGACCAGGACUCCAGGUUCUCCUCUGACAAGCAAUUGUCUGCAUCUUUCUCCAUGGGCUCCUCCGAUUCCAGCUGGCCUCCAGAUAACUAUGAAACCAGCGGGACUUACCUUUGAAAAUCUAUAGGGGUUGAAUUUUGAAGUUGCUAGUUUUACUGUUUUUUGAUGUGAAGCAAAUUCAUAGAUGCUUUUGAAGAAUGCUGUAGUUUUUAGCAUUAUUCAGCCCCUGAAAUGUUGGCGAUUGGUUUCCAUGACUACCAGCAGAAUGAAACUGGAUUAUUUUAUACAGUUUUUAAGGGACAAAAGAUCCAAGCUAUUUGAAUCUCCAUGCUGGCAAGCAGCAGCUUCUAUUUGGCAAUGAGAUUUUAGUAUCAGUGACUUUGUAAACUUUAUUUAUGUCAGUGCUGUGGAUGCUCAGAAAAAAGGUAAACUCUGAAAGCAGAGAAUUUCGAAGUCUAAAAGCCAGAAUCACUUUAGGGUGAAAAAAGAGUGUGGUGUGUGUUUGUUUGUAUCUGAGUAAGUGCUUGUGACAGGUCGGUACAAAAUAUUUGAUUCCUUGCAGUCUGGCCCCUUAAUUUGAUCUUCAUGAGGUUAGGAUGGCAUUUUCCAUUUAUCUCUGUUUACCCUUAAUAAAGACAAAGAGAUAAAGAUAUUAAGGCUUUAGCCUCUGGCAUUAUUGUCUAAUUCUGCCCUACAGAUCACUUCACUGACAUCUCAUCAUCCUGUGAACUGACUUAUCUAGGAUACGAUCUGUGAUCUUUUCAGAGGUCUCUGAGGAUGGACUUGCUGGCAGGAGCAUCAGAACUCGAAGGAAGAGAACCACUACCAGUGUUUUAAGUUCAUGUAACUGUCAUUCACUUCAAAGUCUGUUUCUUUGCAUGACUUACGUAUGUAAUAGACCUUGUUACUAGUACUUAGCACAAAACAAUACAGUGAUACUUUAAAACUUUUUUAAAGCUUACUUUUAAAACUUGUAAUCACAUGUAAAAGUGUUUAUAAUCACAUGUAAAAGUGAACAUCUUAAAGAUUUUACCACCUGAACCCACCUGUGCAACCAGCAUCCGGCUCAAGCAACAGGCAUUACCAGCCCGCUCAGGCAGCCUUCUCCUGAGAGGACAGUUUCGUCUUUGAAGAACUGAUGAGAAUGGUUUUCUCAGUCUCUAUUCUGCCAUCUGUCUCCUGGAAUGCUGCAAGCAACUUCCACCAGGUCAAGAUGUUGCCGAUAGAUGCAACCGGCAUUCCAGGUUCUUGUCUCGUCCCAGAAAGAAUUCAGAGACAAGACUUAGAGGUUAAAACAGAGGGUGGUAAAACGUUGGAAGGACUCCAGUGCUGGCAGGGGUGCAGGGAGACCCUGACUGACCAUCGACGGGAAGCUCAUCCAUUCUACAACGAUGACUGAGCCGGAGCUAUGGCAGUGAGCCCGACCUGGAAGGUCUCCUGCUGUCGGUACCUACCCCCCAGGGAGGGUGACAAAGACCAGAUCCCUGCAAGCUGUGCAUCAGAGUAAGAAUUCUCCAGAUCCACCCAAGUGAGUCCUAUCCAACUGCUGUCGCACUGGUGGUGCCUUCACAGAAGACACAAGAUGUAGGAUCCCUCCAUCUCUUGUUAUUUUGUUCCUCUGCUUCCUUCAGUAUUUGCACCUUAAUGUCAGAUGCCUUAAGCACCCGUUAUUAUUUCAUGAGAAUGUAAUUCAUGUGUAUUAAAACUGUGGAAGUGUUCUGAUUACUUUUGCAAGAUGCCCUGGAUCCUGAUUUAUGCUUGUCGCCACACUGACUCUCUAAAAGUGUGUGGUCCGUUUGGAUGUAAAGUGUGGAUUCUCAGAUAUGUGAGUUAGAACUCCUGGCAGCAAGGAUGCAGUGCCUAACCCUCCCCUGAUUUUCACCUCCUUGUAUCCUCAAUCCUCUCCCAUUUCCUCUCCCUUUUCUGCCAUGUAUUUACAGGUUUCCUUUAUCUUAAAAAAAAUUAUUAACACACACACACUCAUGCACAAAAAAAUCCCUUCAUUUAAUCAUGUUGGCCUCUGUCCAGCUCCUCCUCUUCCCUUUGCUCCCAUCUUCUGGACUCAAGAAACAGCUAAGUCACAGGAUGCUGGAAUUUGGAAAUAGAGAAGACCCUGAGAUGGCUCUGCUGCUGUGCAACCCCAAAAGCGUCACUUACCCUCUCUGGGCUUGAAUUUACU